AUGCUCCAGGCGAUAACGCCGGAGUCGAAGCGAUCUCAGGCGAAAGCGCUAAAGGAAGAGGGCAACGACCUGGCAAAGCAGGGAGAGAAGGCGGAGGCCCUCAAGAAGUAUGAGAAGGGUAUCCGGCUGUUGGGCUUGCUGAACUACGAGCUUGACGAUGAGGGGCUGAAGGCGUUUGAAGCCCAGACGGAAGACGGUCGCGAACUGCUAUCCAUCCUAGCUGCGAAUGCUGCGCAGAUGUACAUGGAUCCGGCCAAUCGCCAGCUGUCGAAGGCCAUUCAGAGAUGUAGCCUGGCCAUCGAUGCUAACCCGAACAAUGCCAAGGCACUCUUCCGCAGGGCAUCAGCGGCUUACGACUAUGCUGACAAUGUGGCCAAGGGGGCUGAUGCUAUCCUCGCCCAGGCCCAGAGGGACAUCAGGAAGUUUCUGCAGAUGGACCAGGCCUGGUUGUUCUGGGCGCUUCGGGGUUGA